UAUCAACAUGCCAGAUCCAGCAAAGCCUGCACCCAAGAAGGGCUCCAAGAAAGCCGUGACCAAGACGGCGGGCAAAGGAGGCAAGAAACGCAGAAAGUCCAGGAAGGAAAGCUACGCCAUCUAUGUCUACAAAGUCUUGAAGCAGGUCCACCCUGAUACCGGUAUCUCAUCUAAGGCGAUGGGUAUCAUGAAUUCUUUCGUGAAUGACAUCUUCGAGCGCAUCGCUGGAGAGUCUUCCCGCUUGGCUCACUACAACAAGCGCUCCACCAUCUCUUCCAGGGAGAUCCAGACCGCAGUGCGUCUGCUUCUGCCUGGUGAGCUGGCUAAGCACGCCGUGUCCGAGGGAACAAAGGCCGUCACCAAGUACACCAGCUCUAAAGAGGAGCUGAAUCGUCUCCAUGCCCAAAAUCAGGACAUGAAGCACAUAAUGCAGCAGCUCCUCAGGGAAAACCUGGAGCGGAUGCAGUGCACCAGCUCCCAGACCUGCUUCCCGGCAUGCUUUCAGCAUCAGCUGUUUCACCCUCACCAUCUCCAUCCUCAUGUUGCGCCCGUGACGCUGCCAGAGCACAGUCCCGCAAUGCUCUGCGGCUCUCUCCAGCCCCUCAGAGCCGGCGUAGCGUCUGGUCAGCGUGACCUGUUGCCCUCCAUCACCCCUGCGUGUGCCCAGCAGCAGCAGUCCUGCCCCUCAUUCCCCUCUCUGCCCGCGGUGGCCCAGGGCCAGGACCCGGUCCUGAUGCAGCGGUUGCUAGGUGACAGGCGACUGUCUGCAAUUCCGCAACGACGUGAUCCGCGUCCCCUAGGCAGGAAGAGUUUGGCCGGCGUCGAUCGCGCUCACCCACUGAUGCCGCUCCAUCACAAUAGAGUGCCGAGUGGCGUUGCCAAUGGCAGCAUGGCGCCUGCUCCACCUGUCACCGCCAAGGCAACGGGCGAAAGUCAAAGCAACAAGCCGAAGCAGAUCAAGGCCAGGCGCUGUAUCAGAACUGUCCGAGAUGCUGCCCUGAAAACCAGCAGUCACCAGGACAACAUGAGCAACAGUGACCAAAACAAUGGCAACAGUUGUCAACCGCCGGUUGCAGGAGAGCAGGAUACGGAGUGUGUGCUGGACCCCCACGACUUCUUCCAGAUCCCCGAGAACCUCCGACUGGAGGCCCUGCAUGUUGCUGAGGAGAUCAGACUCGCAGGUCUCCGCAGUAACAGUGUCCUCAGUGGCAAUGCCAGCGCUUCAGACCGUGCAGGCAGUUCUGUGGGCAGCCUCAGCCCUGUGGACCUCAGGACCCCGUCGGCACUGCGCGCCCUUCCCUUCCUCAACACCCCCACUCCACCCAUUGCCCAUGCUGUCCCCGCCCCCCCACAGACAGCCAAGCACCAGGCAACCGAUCAGAGCCGGUUCGUCAGUAGACUGCCCCGCUUCAAAAAGAAGACAGCUUCACUUAGUGUGGCCACUGCUGUGACAGAGCAAAAGUCCGUGGAGUGUCUGGCAGUGAAAGAGGAAGUGAAGGCGUGUAAGGAGGUAAAGAAGAAGAGAGUGAUAGUGGAGAAACAACCCAGCAACACCCAGCAGACCAGGGAGCUCCCAGAGCUGGCCAAACUGGCCCCUGUGUCCUGCCCCGAGGAGGCCAUCCUGCAGGCCUUUACACUGCUCAGAGACGAGGACUGGCAGCAGAAGAUCGAGGGUCUGACCUCCAUCAGGUCACUCUCUCAGCACCACGCUGAGGUGCUGCUGCCCAGGCUGCAUGACGUGUGUCUGGCCGUCUACGACGAGGUGAAGAACCUGCGCUCUAUGGUGUCCCGUGCUGCUAUGAUCACGCUGGCCCACCUGCACGCUCACCUGGGGCGAGGUAUGGAUACAGAGGCCGAGGGCACAGCCCAGACGCUGCUCCCUAAAGCUGGAGAGGCCAGCGGCUUCAUCAGGGAGGACAUGGAGCUGGCACUGGGGUACAUGGUGCACAACGUCACCCCCUCUCGCAGCAUGAACGCCCUCAUCAACACAGGACUCAGGCACCGUAACGCGGCCGUGAGGAAGACCGCUGCACACUUCCUGGAGAGACUGGCGGAGGUCAUGGGGGCAUCUCGCGUCCUAUCUGGCAAAAAGGACCUGACUGACCGCUUCGUCCGCUCCAUCAGCUGCCUGGCCCUCGAUAGUGCACAGGAAGUCCGGACCCAUGCCCGUAACACCUUGGCAUUCUUGGCUUCCCAUCCUGACCUUAUGAAAAUGGUAGACAAGUUUGUCCCUCAGAGAGAUCAAGACACUAUCAGGGACAUCAUCAGGAAAUGCCAAAAAAAAAAUAUUCAUUGAGGACAACAUCCAAGUUGGAAGGACGGAAUAAUUAAUACUGGUCACACACCACAACACUGUUCCAUCACCUUGUUACAAAUUGUGAUCAAGAAAAUCAGAAGAUGUGCCUUAAGCAAAGCAAUCCACCAUCCCUACAUAGCCGGUGAUCCAAAGGAUUUCUGGGCAGCAACAUGGAAUCAUCAGCCCACCAGCAGCAUUCCAGCAGACUGCCAGCAAGACUGCUCCCCUGCAGUAUAGGGAUCAGUAUCAUUGGUCAUUGACUUCUAUAAAUUAUUGCAUCAAAGCA